AUGUCGAGUGGAUCGGCACAGCGGAGAAGCAAGGGGCGAACGGCGGCCACCCUCCCUUACGCCAAUGUGCGCGUGCUGGAUCCAGAGGGCGACUUUUUGUUCUUUGCGGCCGAUAAAAAGGCGCGGUGGUAUCUGGAUCGAGGGCUCGCGCACCGCGAGGGUCCAGAGGAGCAGCACACAAUUCGCCUCACCUUUGUUCCACGGGGACAGGGACGUCGCGGAGAUACCUUUUAUGAGAAUCCUUUGCGCAACAUCUGCGUGGCCUGUGGAUGGGGCCCGACCCAGCGGACCAACGAAGCGACUGCUCCGGGGCCGCUUAAGGCAGCUUUGAGGACCAAGGUUCACACAGGGGGACCAUCGGUUGCGCUACCGGCUUUGCCGCUGGUGCCUGGCACGGCUGAAGCUGAUGCUGAAGCUGAUGCGAGUUCUUGCGACGACGACUGGAGCAGCAGCAGCAGCAGCGAAGGCGACCCACACGGUUAUCACAGUGACGAGAACGACCACGAAGCCGACCACGACAAGGAUGAGGCAGCGCGUGCAAUAGCCUGGAUGCAAGAGCACGAGACUGCCGGGUUGGAUGAUGCCGGCACCGGGCUGAUUCGCACUCACGUUGUACCACGGCAGUAUCGGAGCCAUUUUCCCCAUGCCCUCAAGUCUCACAAUAACCAUGAUGUCGUGCUCCUAUGCCAGCCCUGUCAUGAGCAGUUCAAUCGUGCUGCUACCCAGCUGGACAAAACGCUGCUGUUACAAUAUGGGGUGGCUGCCGCGCGAGCCGACCCGCCGCCAGAGCUGCGUCAACUGCUUCGAGACGUCAGUGCCCUGCAACGGUAUGCGGCUGCCAUGCCUGAAGCCAAGGUAGCUCAACUGUGGCAGAAAGUGGAGGAGGCUAUACCAGACGAGCUGCGAGGCAUCACCCGGGAUGAUGUCCUUUUAGCUCGAGCAGCUGAGUAUGCUCAGACCCAAUUACGGGUGCUAAACGAGGCUCGCGAGGCUACGACUGUUUCACCGGCCGAGCAAAUUGUCCAUGCCGUAGUGCACGAGCCCAAUGCUGACGCCAGUCUGCAGGCGUUCUGCGAGCGCUGGCGCCGGCUCUUUGUCGACCGACUACAGCCUCGACAUCUGCCGCCUGGCUGGGAAGUCACCCGCAACGACGGUGCCUGGGAGUAACUCGAGAUCCCAGGUGCCGAUACGGGACUAGACUCCUGCCCUGCGUCUCGGUGACUUGAAAUUGAAAUUUUAGGUCCU